UAGCUGUGACUAACCUGUAAGCUUUAAAAGCUGAAACUGGAGGAGAGAUUCUACACUGGCAGUUUAGGGGAGCCCACUCUCAUUAAAAUAUGGCAUUCAACGGUACCUGGAAGGCUGAAAGAAAUGACAACUAUGACAAGUUUAUGGAACAGAUGGGAGUAAAUGUUAUGAAAAGAAAGCUUGCCAGCCAUGAUAACCUGAAACUUACAAUUCACCAAGAUGGAGAUAAGUUUACUAUCAAAGAGUCCAGUACCUUCCGAACAAAAGAAAUUGAGUUCACUUUGGGAGUAGCAUUCGACUAUGUACUGGCAGAUGGAACAGAAGUGAAUGGUUCAUGGGUUUGUGAGGGAAACAAGCUUGUUGGAAAGUUCACCAGAAAAGACAACAACAAGGAGCUACUGACAACAAGGGAAAUUGUUGGAGAUGAGCUUGUACAGGCUUAUUCAUAUGAAGGAGUUGAUGCCAAGAGAUUUUUCAAAAAGGAAUAAAUACCUGUUAUUGUGACAGCAUCAUAACAAUGAAUUGUUAAAUGUGCUAGUGUCACAACCCUGGACUGACGGAUAUCUGCCCAAAGUAAUUUCACUAACUGUCUGGCCCAUAAGUCUGACAAAACAAAAACAGAAGUUGUCAUCUCACAUCUCUCUAAAGUUUGACAGAUGUCAAUGAAUACACCCUUAUUAAUUCAGCUAAUUAGGAGGUGCAGCAUUAAAUUGUACAGGUUGAAGUGAACCUUGUUAUUUUUCAACAAGAAAUAAAAGUUUUAUAUAUUGC